GAGCAAGCACAAGACACCAGGGAGCCAGACCCCUGCCGCUCCCCUGCCACAGGAUAUGUAUAGGAGCCUCAGCUGGUUUGAGCAGCUGGAUGUGCUUCUCAACGCUACUAAUGGAAAUGUGGUCCGGAUUAAGCAGUGGCUGUAUCCUCUUGGGGUCUCCACCGCAGCUCUUAACUCAGUCUUCUGGACAGUAACAGUAGCUGGGAUCUUUUAUGGAAGCCAGAUCCCCAGAGGAGCACCCUUUCUAACCUGGAGCCCAGCAUCUUUCAGCUCCAUGCCCAGAGUCUUAAGCAAGAGGACCUAUUCCUUUGGAGCCCCAAAAUGCUCCUGAAUGACCUGUAAGGACUCGUUAAGAAUAGUAGGAUGAAGGCUUCUUUGCCCACCCUCCCCUCCAAGGCCCUGUUUCUGGGCUGCCCGCCCCUACUUUCUUGAAGUAGCUAUUAUCUGUCUUCUCUACUGAGGCUUUUCACUGCCUGCCCAUCCUUGCCUCCCAACUGCAAUAAAAUGGUUUAACCCUCCCUGAUGUGUUUUCUGUGAGUCAGCACCCACAUGGGAUAGAAUCAGCUGUACCUGUUCAUCUUCCUGUUACUUGGAGUGCUUUCUGU